GUCAAUUCCAUACUGUGGUAGACAUAGAUCACGAUGCUCCGACGUGGACUUCAACGUACGUUUGCGACGGGUAGCUGGAGUGGCGGCAGGUCUGAAUCCAGCCAAAGCUGGAGAAACAGCAAGCCCGACUCGGCACGGAGCUGGAAGGGACGGGAUGCUUCUGCGCGCACGCCUUCAGGAGACGGCUUCCGACGAGGGGGCGGUGGAGGUGAUGGCUUCCGACGAGGUGGUGGUGGAGGCCGCAAGUCGUUCGGUGCAUCGUCUGCGGAUGGCAGUGGGGCAAAUGUAGUUCCAGAGGAAGUCAUUCCCGGAGAAGCUCUGCAUGGAAUUCACGGAGUUCGCCAAGCCCUUCGAUGUAACAUGCGCGUGUUUCACAAACUCAUGUUGCGCGACACGAAUGGCCAAACGACGUCCGCUGCCGCCGCGUCGAAGAAGGCGACGCCCGAAAUAGACCGCCACUUGAAGGAAAUCAAGAGCCUAGCGCUCGAAUAUGGCAUCCCCGUGACCUAUGAAAGCAAAUGGACGUUGAAUCACGUCACCCAUGACAAACCCCAUCAGGGCGUAGUGCUGUUUGCAGAUGCCGUCGAGUUGCCCACAUUUGACCCGCUCGUUCCUCCACCCACGAUGGACGGCCGUCCGCCAGUCAUUUUGGCCCUGGACGAACUGCACGAUGCUCAGAACUUUGGCGCGGUGCUGCGGUCGGCCUACUUUCUCGGCGCGCACGCGGUGCUGACCAGUGCCCGCAACAACGCGCCGCUUUCCGCCGCUGUCCUUCGCGCAUCCGUGGGCUCGUCCGAAGUGCUCGCGUAUGAAGUACGUAACACUAUUUCUUGAUUUGUUUGUACCGACACUAUUAUGUGGUAUUUUGCAGCGGCGGUUGUUUGAGACAUCCAACAUGCACCAAGCACUGGCGUCAUGCCAGCAAUUGGGGUGGACACUUGUCGGGGCUUGCAGUGGCACCAAAGCUGUCUCGUCUGCAGCCUAUGAGAUCACGAGUCCGACCAUCCUUGUCGUGGGCAAUGAACAUCGCGGGUUGAAAUCGGCGAUUCGCCGAAUCUGCGACAACGUUUUGACCAUUCCAGGUACAAAACGUCCAUACGAAAGCACGCUUGGUGAUUUGUUCAGGCAGCAUCCAAGACGAAGCGUCAAAGGUGGACUCGCUCAACGUGAGUGCGGCGUCGGCCAUCUUGCUCUAUCAAUUGCUUCAUGGGGUGGCUUCUGCACCACUAAAGCCUUGACAAGCCAACUAGUACAGUAUUGUGCACUGUAACGUUAGGUUCAAACUGCAAAUUGCCACUGUAAGAUACACUGCCAAACCAAACUUUGCCACUGUAAUCCUUCAACAUGAGCACACCACGUGCGCAAAAAGCAUACAAUAAGAUAUAUAUACAUG